AUGCCACCGGCUUGGGUUGGGUCGUGCCUAAAUGGCCCGGUGCAGCUCGUUGCCCAGAUGGGCUUGCCAUCCACAGCGGGUGUCUUCGAAGCAGCAGAGCUGGAUCAGCCACAGGCUGCAGAAAUAGUGAGAGAUGACUUCGGAGUCCCUCACAUCUAUGCUGCCACGAUGCACGACCUCUUCUUUCUCAACGGGGUGGCUCAUGCCCAGGAUCGGCUUUGGCAAAUGCAUUCCGGCCGGAUGCUGGCUGCCGGAAGGCUGUGUGAGAUGGUGGGUGCUAAGGCGUUAGACAUUGACAAAUUCGCGCGGCAGCUGGGUUUCAUCGUUCUCGCUGAAGAAGAUCUGGAGACGCUUCGCUCGUGCACGAUGCCAAACAGCACGGGCACUUUACAGAUGAUGCAGGCCUACUGCAAUGGCGUGAACUGGUAUGCUGUGAAGGCGGCUGAUACCAAACAAUUGCCCCUUGAGUUCAAGCUUGCAAAGCAGCAGUGGGAGCCAUGGACCAUCGCCCACAGCUUGUCCAUGAUGCGGUUUUGGAGCUUUACGAUGAAUUUUGGGUUCCAACAUAGUUUGCUGCGCAGAGCGCUGUCUGAGCUCUUCGACCCCGUGAAAGCUUCCGCGUGGACAUGUACCUCAGAGGACGAAGACUCCAUGCCAUGUCAUGUGGACAGCGCUGCGUGGAAGGCCUUCACACAAUCAGGCUUGCUUGGCACGCUGGGAGACGUGUUGCGCAUGCCUGCAGGUCAGGGCUCAAACUGGUGGAUUCUGCAUGGAUCGCAGACCUCAACCGGAAUGCCCAUUCUGGUGGGUGACCCUCACCUAGCGAUUCGCGUACCCAACUUUUGGUAUGAGGUGCACCUGGAACUGACAGAUGCAACAGAUGACAUUUGCGCUGCUGGUACGGCACCGCCAGGGUUGCCCGGCAUCUUGAUUGGGCACAAUUGUUAUCUUGCCACUGCUAUAACCCUGUCCUACUGCGAUGUGGAGGAUGUUUUCUUGGAGCGCGUGAGGAGGAGUGAUGGAAAGUACAAACACAAAGAGCAGUGGAUUGAUUGUGAAGUGCGGCGGGAGGUUAUCAAGAUCAAGGGGGCGGAGGCAGAGGUGUGCAAUUGCAGAAGCACGUGCCACGGGCCCCUGAUUGAAGGUAACGGAAUGCAACAACAUCAGUCAUUCCAGCAUGUCGUGGCUAAUGCAGAGCAGGUGAAGCUGGCCGGUGAGGGUUGUGCUGAUGAAGACAUUUUGAUUGCAUACGCAGCCAUUGCAUUGAGACCCAAGUCAACGAGCACGAUGGCUUUGUACAUGUUACUACGCGGGAAGUCAUAUGAAGAGUUCGAUGCAGCACUGAGCCACAUCUCUGCCACCAUCUCGUUGAAUUUCGCCUAUGCCGACAUCGCAGGAAACAUUGGCUACGUGAUGACGGGCGAGGUGCCAUGCAGAGGUGACCCAAAAAGGGCGCAAACGCGCGGCGUUGAACAGUAUCCUCUGGCGGGAUGGACGGGCCAACACGAUUGGAUCGGAGCAGUGAAGCACCGAGACCUGCCUAAAUGCUUUAAUCCUCCCAGUGGUCUGGUGAUCUCCGCAAAUCACAAGGUGGUUGACUACGAGUUCUACCCACAUUACCUCGGAAACUGCUGGAAGUCAGGCUUUAGAGCCCAGGCAAUAGCAGAGGAAUUAAAGAACAUAUUGUCAGCUGGGAAAGCUGAGCCACAGCAGAUGAUAGCCAUGCUGCGGAACACGAAAUCCUGGGCAGCAGUGGAGUUCUUGAAGGAGCUGCAGCAUGUGGUACCAUCCGCAGAGAACUUGGAGGCAUACAAGAUGCUGAUGGCUUGGGAUUGUGAUGUAGCAGCAGACAGUGUCACUUCAUCACUGUAUCAGCUGACCCAUGCAGAGCUGGUGCGGAUCUUAGUGAUGGCAGGGGCAAAGACGCUUCACGAUUCCAGUGCUGGAGGCAUUGGCGACGCUCUGCUAGUGGAGAUCAUUGGUGGUGCAGCCUUUGAUGCAAACCAUGUGCUAAAGUUUUUGAACGAGUUCCAAGGCCAUGUUCACCUCAAUGUUCUCCGAAUGUUGCGCUCUGCCCGGGAAGCUCUUACUGCCGAAGUGCCCGCAGACAUGUCAUCAGAAAGUGCAGGUCGAAUUUGGUGGAUCCAACAAGCUGACGGCCGCGACGCUGCAGUAAAUGCCGCCCUCCGACGUGCCGUGGCAAGGCUUGAGGAGGUUGGCGGAAGGCAUUGGCAACACUCCCGAGCUGUAGAGUGGGGCCAAUUCCACAUCGCCAACUUCUGUCACCCGCUUACAAAGGGCUUAGGCUUGCCACCUGGAAGCAAGCCCUUCGAUUGCCCAUCCCUCCCGUGCCCAGGGGACACCAACACUAUUCGGCAAGCUGCCACUAAGGGCAUCGUCGACUUAUCUGCUAACUCUUCACAGCAGUCGCUCAGGAUUAUGUACAACCUUGCAGACCUGGGAGAUACUGCCACAAAUCAAAUCAUCAUGCCGUUGGGUCAAUCAGGAAUCUGUGCUUCAAAGCAUUACAUGGAUCAAUCCAAGCUGUGGCAUGAGGGAAAGAUGAAGCCCAGGCUCCUGAGAAGAGCCGACAUCAUGGCGGCUGCGCAGUCAACAAUGCAUUUUGCGAGAGCAACACCACAUAGCAGCACACAUCAGGCUUCGGCGCUGCUGCGGUGUGUUCAGGGAAUCUGCGGUAGCUGA